CUCAUUCUCUCUCUCUCUCUCUCUCUCUCUCUCUAACUUUCUUUCUUCGUCUUCUACUCAACUGACUACUCUCUUCUGCAAAACCCUAGCUUUCCAUCUACAACAAAACCCUAAACCACACCUCCAAAACCAUGUCUCUCUUCUCUCGCCUCCGUCAAGCUUCUCUCUCCCGCCGCCACUUCUCCACCAUCCUCUCCCCAAAUUCAACAACCCCACUUUCUUCCAAAGAGAAAACCAGAGCCGCACUCUCUCUCCUCAAAACCGAAGAAAACCCUAACCGCAUCGUCGAGAUUUGUAAAGCCGCCUCGCUAACGCCCGAGUCCCACCUCGAUCGUAUCGCACUCUCCGUGGCCAUUAACAAGCUCUCCAAGUCCAACCAUUUCGAAGCCAUCCGCGAAUUCAUCGACGACCUCAAAUCCCGCCCCGACCUCCGCACCGAACGUUUCGCUUCCCAUUCCAUCGUUCUUUACGGCCAGGCCAAUAUGAUUGACCACGCCGUUCUCGCUUUCAAGCAGUGCCGUGAUCUGGGUGUUUCCCAUUCCGUUAAAAUGCUCAACUCUUUGAUUUUCGCUUGCAUUCUGGCCAAGAAUUACAAAGAGGUCAAUCGGAUUUUCCUCGAGUUUCCGAAAAAUUAUGGGAUCGAACCGAAUCUGGAGACUUAUAACUGGGUGAUCAAGGCGUUUGCCGAGUCGGGUUCGACUAGCUCUGCGUAUUCGGUGUUGGCAGAGAUGGAUAGAAAGGGCGUGAAGCCAAAUGCGACGACGUUUGCGAAUUUGAUUUCUGGGUUUUAUGCGGAAGAGCGGUUUGAUGAUGUUGGGAAGGUGACGAAUAUGAUGGAGAAGUAUGGGCUUAGACCAGGACAUACUGCAUACAAUGCCAGGAUUCUUAGUCUGUGUAAAUUGAGGAGGUCGGCGGAGGCCAAGGCUUUGUUAGAUGGCAUGUUGGCAAGGGGAAUGAAACCCAAUUCAGUCACAUAUAGCCAUUUGAUUCAUGGGUUCUGUAAAGAAGGGAAUUUGGACGAAGCCAAGAAGCUAUUUAAGAGAAUGGUGAAUAGUGGUUGCAAACCGGAUAGUAACUGCUAUUUCACCAUGGUUUACUUCCUGUGCCAAGGGAAUGAUUUCGAGUCUGGCUUGCAGUUUUCCUUGGAGAGUAUGGAGAAGAAUUGGGUUCCGAAUUUUUCGACCAUGAAGACUCUUGUAGAUGGUCUUGUGAGUAUUUCAAAGGUAGCUGAGGCACGGGACCUUAUUGCCAAAAUCAAGGAGAGAAUCACCGUAAAUGCAGAUAAAUGGAAUGAGAUUGAGUCCAGCUUGCCGCAGUAAAGGUAUGUGCGCAAUCAAGUAGUGUUAGAUGGAAACCAUGAAGAAUGAAAUUAUGACAAGAGGAAUAUUUACAUGAAAAGGGAUUAUUUUUUUGUUUCCUGGAGUAGAGAAAAUUCAUGAUUGUAUUUUUCUUGUUGAGUUCUUGACCCACAUUUGUUUGUUACCAUCAAAUGAAAGAUGAAUUUUUGACAUAAGACAGUGUACCAUUGGAACUGUUUUGGAUAUGGAUGGUGGCUCUGGAAUAUGGUUGAUCAAGCCAUCAUUAUGCAAUGAAACUUGAAUAAGAUCUUCUUUCUCAA